UCAGGGAAGACGAGGACGCGCUCCGGGGGGAUGGUCACAACGUUAGCCCAUGACAGGCUGUGAGAGAGAAAAGAGGUGACUCAAACUGGUGGGAAAAAAAGCAUUUGGAGGAUGAUUACUUCCAUCAAUAGAGCGAUGCAAUGAAUCUUUCAGAAGAGCUGAAAGAGACGGACACAGAGGGGAGCAGACCUCAUCAGUGUCAGACGUGUGAAAAAUCCUUCAGUCGGGUUUGUCGUCUAAAGAGACAUGAACGCACCCACACUACAGACGAGCUGUACCACUGUGAACAAUGUGACAGCAGCUUCAGUGAAGCAAAUGCAUACAAACUACACCUGCAGACCCACGUGAAAGACACACCACACAGCUACCACCUGUGUGGGAGACUUUUUAGAGACCAGUGUUCAUACAGAAAACACCUGAGUGACCACAUGGGACCAUACCAGUGUGACCAGUGUGAGAAGAGCUUCAGCCAGUGGGGUAAUUUCACAGUACACAUGCGCAUCCACACUGGAGAGAAACCGCACCACUGUGACCAGUGUGGCAAAAGUUUCCGUUGUUUAAGUACGUACAGAAAUCACGUGCGCACUCACACAGGAGAGAAACCUUACUGUUGUGACUACUGUGGGAAGAGAUUCACUCAGUUUAGUACUUAUAACCAACACCUGCGCAUCCACACUGGAGAGAAGCCGUAUCAGUGUGAACAGUGUGGGAAGACUUUCAGUCGCUCGAGCAAUUACAAGCAGCACCAGCGCGUCCACACUGGAGAGAAAUCCAACUGGUGCGAUCAGUGCGGGAAGAGUUUCAGCCGGUUAGGAAGCUACAUCCGACACCUUCGUGUCCACACGGGGGAGAAACCGUACUGGUGUGAGCAGUGCGAUAAAGGCUUCAGUCAGCCAGGAAGCUACAGCCAGCACCUGCGUAUCCACACUGGAGAAAAACCAUACUGGUGUCCACAGUGUAAGAAAUUGUUUGCGUGGUCUCUGUCCCUGAAGAGACAUCGCUGUGUAGAAAUAGAUGGAGAGAGCUCAGACUGUGUGUAGGAAAGAAAGACUCAUCCUUUUCCAUCUCAAAGUGAGGGUCUAAGAACAAUGGUGUUUUAACCAUAGACUGUAAAAAUUAUGAACGCAGCUACAGUGACGUCACCCUGCGGACUCCGGUUCUGAAGCCUCGUGUUUGAAAUUUUGGAAGUUGCAAUCUUGCUUUUUUUGCAGUGGUGGACAAAGUAUGCAACUUUCUUACUUGAUACUUGUGGUCAAAUAUUACUCCAACACCAGCGAAAGUUGCUGAGUCACAUUAUUACCCGCUUUAAUAUAACACACACUUGAAUCACGCACAAAAUGCA